AUGAGGAAAAGCCGUCCUGGUACCACGCGCGGUGGGUCUUCACUCAAGCUAUGGAAGGUGCAAGCACCACUUAUGUUGAUGAUCUUCAGCUGGCCAUUGUUCUCUCUCAGUGGUCCACAUCUCUAUUCAGAGCGCACCUUCCUCUCGAAGCCUUCUCGGACUUCUUCCAACCUUACUGUCCAAGCGCGGAGUGGAGUCAAAGACCACCGUCAAAACCGUGGAGUCUUCCAUAAGCCGUCCAAUCCAAAAUGGACAUGGCCAUUAAGCCUCAUGAUCCUUACCUUCAGCCUAUCUGCCUCAAGUGUUCAAACUUCCAGUCGCUUUUGUCGCCGCUGGUCGAACAAGCAAUCGACCAAGCUACAAGCAUUCGCUGGAGGUUUGGAAGGGUGUGACUAUCAUGGAGCAGGGCGCUAUGAAUUCGACCCGUUGAAUUUCUGUGAGCUCUUCCCUGAGCAUCUCCCCUGGUAUAGAGAGGCAGAGGUGAAGCACGGGCGCGUUGCAAUGCUGGCAUAUGUGGGAUUGGUCGCACCCGAGAUGUUCCGGAUUCCUGAUCCUAUCUUCAAUCAAGUGGGCUUGGAUUCCGUCUCAGCCCACAACAUGCUUCUGGGAGCUGGUUUCGGAGACUUCGGCCUCGCUUUCACAGAAGAGAAUAUGGCAGUUUUGAAGACCCAGGAAUUGAAGCACGGGCGUUUGGCCAUGAUCGCUUUUGGUGGACUUGGAAAGUCUGGUGCGAUCACGGAGCAUUCCACAGGUGCCAUCGUGGGAUCCGAGGAGUACGAGGUCAGGGAGGUUGGACUUCGAAGCAGCGGAAUGUACCGGCCAGUGGAGAAUGGUGAAGCGAAGAUGGGACUCUUGGAUCAAUCGGAUGAUGCCGUGGUGAUGUCCUACCAGUGGGUACCACCCGGUGAAGUGAGAGAGGACUCGCAGCUGUUGCAACAGAUCUUGGUUGCCGCAACUCAUGUGCGUUUGCAGCUGCCGAGCAAGUCUGGCGACACGGAGGAGUUGAUGAUUGACUUGCAGAGCUGCCAGGUCACUGGACAUUCCUCCUGGUAUCAGGUCCUUCCUGCCAGACCGCGAGACUCCGCCGACCCCUCCUUGGGUGGCUUCCAAAGGCUCACCCUGGGGAUAGGCAUCAAUCCUGGAGUGGAGUGCAAAUCGCAUGGUCAUAUCAUCAUUUUGAUUUAUGCCUGGACAAUGGGCAAAAGCUUUGGUGUCCGGCUCCACCAGCUCGCCGACGAGACACCUGACGCGAAGACAAACGCGGCGACAGCGCGGUCUGACCGUGCGGUCGACCGCGCCACGAGCCGUGUUUGUUCUGCGUGUUUGUGCAUCGCCAGCGGAGGGGCCUUGGUUAUGGGCGGUGGAGAUCAUUGUCCUCACUCUGCUGUGGGCUUGGCCAUGAAAGCACUCACAGAGCCUGCGGUCUACCAGGAGCUGGCCAAGGAUCCUAAGGUGAAUGUGCUCGUUUUACGUGCAGCGAUGAGCACUGCCAAGUGCCGAUCGCAUGGCGAACAGUUCCCCAAGGUGGUGAAAGAGCGGAGACAAUGUCAGAUGAUUCAAGAUUUGGAGACUCCAUGGAGUGUAUGUGAUCUUGAAGAUGUGAUCCGAGAUCGACCAGACCGCCAACGUUUUCCCGAGCUUGAAGCCUGUCGACUGCGUCAUGCUCAAGGCAUUUACGGAGGAGGGGACGACUUGCACUUCCGGAAGGAUAUCGCCGUGGCUGCGGGAGAUGAGCUAUUGAAAGCUUUGCGCCGCACGGCGCUGCAGAAAUAUCCGGAGAUGGAGGGCGACGAUAGUAUUCUGUUAGUUCUAGCAGCCGGCUGGAACACCGAAGAUGGGGAAUACAACUGCCUCGAUUCAGAUGGCCAUUGCUGGCGCAAGACAGAGCUGGUCGCCUUGGCGGAGCUUUGCGCGCUGAAUGGGCGCCCCUUCUCCAGCUUUCAUGCGAAGUUCGAGCAGCUGUUGAAUCGAUGUCAGGAGGAGCACAUUGCUUUCAUCUUCCAAGACUUGGCAUCCAUCACUGCUGCCUCUGUCGCUCCUCACUUCCCGAAGCCUUUGUCAAAGCCGUCCCAGCAGCUCUUGAGCGAGACGGUAAAAAGGAAGCGGCUUCGGGAGAAGACGGUGGCUGAGGAGUUAGCGGAGAUUACUGGGGUGCCGCUGGAUACGGCGGAGAGCAUCAUCUCAGUGGCAGGUGGCCUUUCUGAAGCCUUGGAGCAUCCCAUGUUCAAACAGGACAUGACGCGUGAAAUCAAGCAUGCCAGAAAUGAAGCACCCUUCCAAGAAUUGGUGCCAUCGCACAAGUCGAUUGACCUGGACGCACCAGAGGAUCCCGGGAAGGGUGCCAAUUCCGCUUUGUCCGAGUUGCUCAGCAUGGGCUUUCCACAGCUAGCGGCCGAGACCGCCUUGCACUGUGCGAAUGGCAACCUUUCGCAAGCUUUGUUGGAGCGCUUUGAUGAUCUUGGAAUCAUUUUCAUGCAGGUGAAGCAUACGAAGCUCUCGCUGGAGCUUCUGGCAGUGGAGCGCUUCUGUUUCGAGGCUUCUUUAGAGAGGAUCGCAGCCUUCCAGCAUUCCACCAUCACCUUCAUUUUGAUCGAAAUCACCGGGCAAAUGUCUGCCUUACAACUCAGCGAGCUUAUUCGCACAGCUUGUGGGUCCAUUCGCCUCGUUUUCAGCCCAACACUUAGUCGGAUGAUGUGA